CAGUUUAGUACUAGAAAGAUGAGGAUGUUCCACCGUCCAUGAAAGUGAAAUUGAUGAAACCUCCAUUACCACCACUGCUCGUACACGUACCUCAUAGUACCAGACUACCACCUCCAUAUAUAUAUAUAUAUAUAUAUAGGAAUCGAGUGGUCGACAAAUACAUACUACACACUACACCAUAGGGAUUUGCAACUUUGCAAGCAAGGUAGGCCACCAUGGAUGAGUUCACUUUCCCCACUGUCCCAGACGGGCAGUGCAAGCUCGCGCCGUUCCCUCCGCCGUGGUUCGUCGUCGCGGAGGAGGAGGACGAUGGCGGCAGCAGCGGCGGUGGCGGCGUGCCGUGGGGCCGUGACGAGAAGAUGGAUAUGCUGUGGGAGGACUUCAACGAAGAACUCGCGCGCGCGCCGCCGGUGUGCCCUCUCAGCCCUCUGAGCAAGGGAGGUGGGCUGAUGACGAUGGCGAUGAUGAAGGAGGCCGAGUGGUUCUACAGCGACGGCGACGGCGAUGAGGGUGGUGUCAUCGAGACGAGGAAGCGUUCUGGCAGGCACAUGGUGGUCCGGCGUCGGAGAUGGAGCCUGCUGCUGAUGCUCAGGCUGCUCAAGAAGCUCUUCCUGGUCAAGAAAUCCAGGAACGGGAGAACCGCGCCAAUCUGAUCAGAUCAGACGAGCUCCAAAAGUUAAUGCAGAAACCAUCGGUGCAUCAGUCAGUAUUCAGUACUCAGUAGUGUGUGCAUAGUUGAUACGUAUCUCAUAUACACGUGUGAUUUUGCUUUUUCUCACAAGACUUUUUUGUUUUGGGGCUGAAGAGUUGUACUUCUUCUUGGCAUCAGUUAUUCCCAACUACAAACAAUUGUUUUCCCUCUGAA